AUGGAGAGCGAGAUUUGUAAUGAUCCUGCCCACUCAUUGUCCAAGCUGUCCCUGUCUUCGCCUGGGCCGGGCACGGGCAGGCGCCGGCUUCUACUGAUAUACAUCCAUGGCUUCAUGGGCUCCGAAGCUAGCUUUCAUGACCUGCCGGCACACGUCCAUGAUCUGUUGACUGGAUUACUGAGCGAGUCUCAUGAGGUAUUUACGCGCAUAUAUCCUCGAUACAAGUCUUACGGUGAGAUGCACGUUGCAGCAGAGCAUUUCAGUGCUUGGCUCUCCCCACACGAGGCAGAGGAUCUGGAUGUCAUUUUGCUGGGACACAGUCUUGGCGGAAUCCUGGCAGCCGAUGUUGCUCUCUUACAAGCAAGAGACCAUCAACCCAAACAUCGCAUUCUGGGACUAGUCAACUUCGACGUCCCAUUUUUGGGGCUACAUCCGCGUGUCAUUCCGACUGGAACUAUGGGGUCAGUCGCAAAGAAAGACCCAGCAGCUGAAGCCAAGCUAGCAGGAGAGCAGGAAUCGCUAGGCAUGGAUCCUGCUUUCAAAUCCGGCUCUUCUAAUCCGAAUUUCGACCCUCCAUUUAUGAACGAUGUACGCCUGGUUAAUCGUGGAUUCCUGAAGGGCUUGAUGCAUUUCGUCAACAAGAACACAGACAAUCUCUCUCGGUCAAUAUUUGACCGUGUUGUGUCGUCCUUUCAGCAUGCAGGUUGUGUCAAUAAUUACCCGGAACUUCGUCGGCGAUACAGACACCUGGCAGAUCUGGAGGCUGCCGAGUCUAGUCCUAAGAGAGUGAGAUUCGUCAAUUACUAUACUGCAAGUACUGGUCGCCCACCAAAGCCACCAAAGCCACCAAAGUCACCAAAGCCACCGAAGCAGAAGAAAGUCAAGGCUUCAAAGAAAUCAAAAGAUACCGAUGACAAAGAGUCAACGUCAACCCUCCCAGAAGAAAUUUCAGCCACAUCAAGUUUAUCUGAAGAAGAUAAGACAGUGAAUUCAACAAGCGAGAUAUCGCUAGAAGGACAUGACCUGAAGACAACCCCUUCGAAUUCUACUCUGGUCGACGAGACCAGGAAUGAAAAGAUGAACGGCGAGAAGACCAAUGUUGAGAAUGAGCCCCCAGUAGAUACAACAAGUAUCACCUCAAGCAUCUCAACAGACCGAAAGGAAGCUCGGUCUACAUCAGAAAGCGUCUCCAUCACAACAUCGAUGUCUUCAGGGUCUUCAGAGACAUCGAAAGAUCAUCUUCGCAAGUUCAUUCUCUUGCCCUCUCAUCAUUGGAAAUUCGAGAGAAAUGCUUAUUGGCACCCGAUAUUAAUGGAAGACAUGGACGAAGUGACAGCACAUCAGUCUAUGUUUAUUCCCCACGGCACAAACUACGAUCAUCUCGUCGGGGACACUGUCUCUCUGAUCGAAGAAUGGAUUCAGAGUGAUUUGAGUCGACGGUUUCUCCUUGAGACUCUUGACUAG